AAAGUUUCAUGCAGGCGAUUUAUUCAAAACCAAAUCACUUAGAUUAGAUAUGCAAAAAAAUAUUAUUAAUAAGUUUAGCAAGUAUAAUUAUUGCUUGAUCUGAUUACCUGAAACGACAUUUGUAAAUUCAUACUGGAGAUUCUAUGAAGUUACACAUGAAGAGGUCCAAUGUUGACGAAAAGCCAUAUUUUUGUCAAACCUGUGGCGAGUCCUUUACAACAUUUGCUGAGAAGAAAAUGCACAUACAAAUUCAUACUGGAAAAAAACUAUAUGCUUGUAAAAUAUGUGGAAAACAGUUUUCUCAAACUGGUGACUUGAAACGACAUUUGCAAAUUCAUACCGAAGAUAAACCGUUUUCUUGUGAAAUAUGUGGAAAAUGUUUUAGUCGAAAAGGUAGUAUGGAAUUACAUAUAAAGCGAUUCCAUGUUGGUGAAAAGCCAUAUUUUUGUGGAACCUGUGGAAAGUCCUUUGUAACAUUGGGUGAGAAGAAAAUGCAUAUUCAAAGUCAUACUGGAGAAAAAUUAUAUGCUUGCAGGAUAUGCGAAAAACGUUUCACUCGAUCUUAUACCUUGAAGCAACAUCUGCACACCCAUACUGGAGAAAAACCAUAUGGUUGCAAGAUAUGUGGGAAACGCUUUUCUCGAUCUAGUAUCCUGAAACAACAUUUGCACAUGCACACUGGAGAAAAACCAUAUUCCUGUGAAACAUGUGGAAAAUAUUUCAGCCGAAAAAGUGGUGUAAACUUACAUAUAAAGAGAUCCCAUGUUGGUGAUAAGCCCUUUAAAUGUGGAACUUGUGGCAAGUCAUUUACAACAUUUGAUGAAAAGAAAAGGCAUAUGCAAAUCCAUACUGGAGAAAAAACAUAUGCUUGCAAAAUAUGUGAGCGUUGCUUUGUUAAUUCAAGUCACUUGCAACAACAUAUUCGAGUUCACACUGGAGAAAAAGCAUAUUCUUGUAAAACAUGUGGAAAAUGUUUCGUACGAAAGAGUACUAUGAACUUACAUAUAAAGAGAUCCCAUGUUGGCCAUAAGCCCUUUAAAUGUGGAACUUGUGGCAAGUCCUUUACAACAUUAGGUGAAAAGAAAAAGCAUAUGCAAAUCCAUACUGGAGAAAAACCAUUUGCUUGCAAAAUAUGUGAGCGUUGCUUUGCUGAUUCCAGUAGCUUGCAAAAACAUUUUCGAAUUCACACUGGAGAAAAACCAUAUUCUUGUGAAACCUGUGGAAAAUGUUUCAGUAGAAAAAAUAUUAUGAGCGCACACAUGAAGAGAUCCCACGUAGCAAGUUGCUGAGAAGAUAAUGCAUAUGCGAACUCAUAUUAGA